AUUUGCGCGGGAGAUGAGCCUGCAGGGCAAAGCUGUUUGCAGCAAUGGACGAACAGUGUGGUUAAAAACCAUUAAUAAUUCAGUUUAGAUCUGUAGUGAUGGCUCGGUAACACGUUUCAGGUCGAGAAGGUUACUGGUCUUACAUUUCUUCUCGCUUUACUGUCUCUCGUCUCUGACUGAGACCAUAUUGUACCCAGAGGAAGCACAGCACUGUAUGGACUUAUACAUGAUGAACUGUGAGUUGUUGGCCACUUGCAGUGCCCUGGGCUAUUUGGAGGGUGAAACAUACCACAAAGAACCAGACUGUCUUGAGAGUGUAAAGGACUUGAUUCGCUACCUGAGGCAUGAAGAUGACUCAAGGGACAUCAGACAACAGCUGGGAGCUGCACAGAUUCUUCAGAAUGAUCUCUUACCCAUCAUAACUCAGCAUGGACAGGACAAAUCACUUUUUGAUGCCUGCAUCAGGCUUAUGGUCAACCUGACGCAGCCAGCGCUUCUCUGCUUUGGGAAAAUCCCAGAUGACCCUGCCUUCCGCCAUCAUUUUCUUCAAGUUGUGUCCUAUCUGCAAGGUUAUAAAGAGGCGUUUGCCAAUGAGAAAGUCUUCACUGUGUUGAGUGAGACUCUGUACAACCUUCUGCAACUGGACUGGGAGCAGAGGCAGGAGGAGGAUAACCUGCUGAUUGAGAGGAUACUGCUGCUGGUCAGGAACGUGUUGCAUGUCCCUGCUGACCCCUAUGAGGAAAAGAACGUGGACGAUGAUGCCAGUGUGCACGACAAGCUGUUGUGGGCCAUCCACAUGAGUGGAAUGGACGACCUGCUGAAAUUCCUGGCCAGCGCCCAGAGUGAACAGCAAUGGAGCAUGCAUGUUUUGGAGGUCAUCUCACUUAUGUUCAGAGAGCAGACUCCAGAACUGCUGGUGAGUGCAGGACAGGCACGCUCUGCGCAGGAGAAACAGAAGGACACUAAUGAACUGGAGGCCCUCAGACAGAAAGAGCUGGCAGAGAAACAUAGCCGCACCAUGCAGAGAGGAACUAGGCACUCUCGGUUCAGAGGAUCAUAUGUAGUCCAGGGAUUGAAAUCCAUCAGCGAGAAAGAUUUGAUUUUUCACCAAGGACUCCACAAUUUUAAGAACUAUUCUCAUGAUGCUGGAAAGGCUACCAGACGAGUGCCCAAACGGAAGCAGGUGGCCCGGGACGCUAAGAGUCAGCGCCGCUCUGUCCUAAACGUGCGUCUGUUCCUGCGAGAGUUUUGCGCGGACUUUCUCGAUAACUGCUACAAUCGACUCAUGUACCUCGUAAAGGAGUCACUUAUCCGUGAGCAUGCACAACAGCAUGAUGAGACCUACUACCUGUGGGCUCUGAGCUUCUUCAUGGCCUUUAACCGCGGCAACGGCUGCAAGCCAGAGCUGGUCUCAGAAACCUUGUCAGUCCGCACCUUCCAUUUCAUAGAGAAGAACAUCACCAACUACUACGAAAUGAUGCUCACCGACAAAAAGGAGGCUACGUCAUGGUCUCGCAGGAUGCAUUUGGCUUUGAAGGCCUAUCAGGAGCUUCUGCUGACUGUAAAUGAAAUGGAUCGGUCGAAGGAUGAGAACAUUCGCCAGAGCGCCAGUGUUAUCAAGAGUAAUAUAUUCUACCUGAUGGAGUACAGAGAGAUUUUCCUCACUCUCCUGCGGAAGUUUGAUGAGAAAAUGCAACCCCGCUCGUUUCUGCAAGACCUGGUGGAGUCCACCCAUCUGUUCUUAAGGAUGCUUGAGCGCUUCUGCAAGGGCCGCAACAACCUCCUGGUGCAGAAAAAGAAAGUAAAACGGAAGAAGCAGAAGAAGAAGUCCAGUUCUCAGACAGAGAAUACACCUGAAGCGCUGGAGGAGACGUGGACAGUCGUGUCUAAAGAACUCUGGACAUCUGGAUUUGAGUUAUCGAAGGCUCUGACGGAGGGUGUUGUGCCGUUCGAUGCAGCUUCUGAAAUUCCUGUUACAGAGCAGCGGACCGAAGCCAUGAUCCGUAUUCAGGACGCUCUGUUCGCCCGCACUGGGCCAGAGGCGCUCGGCUUGCUCCGGGCCGCACGCGAGGUGUGGCCAGAGGGAGAUGUGUUUGGUUCUGCUGAGGUGCAGCCUGAAGAGGAGCUGGAGCUUCUGAAGCAGAUUCUUUUGGCUGAGCUUCCCAGACCUGCUCACACAGAGGCUGCUAUGGAUGAAGAUGAGGAAGUAGAAGACCUAGAAGAGGAGGAAGAGUUGGAGUCUGUGCGCGUGUCUGAAACAGAGUUCAACUUCUUGGACUUCAUUAAAAGAUUUGCAAACCCGAACAUCAUUCGUCCGUACUUGCUCCUGCUGCGCUCAUACGCCUCAAACACACCACACACAAACCACUGUAUAGUGCGCAUGCUCCAUCGCGUGGCCGUGGACCUGAAGAUGGACGCCCUGCUCUUCCAGCUCUCAGUCUUCUACCUCUUCAAUAAGAUCCUGACUGACCCUGCUGCUGCUGCCUAUAAGGAGCUGGUUACCUUUUCCAAGUACGUUCUGAACCGAUUCUUUGCCCUUGCUGCCCGGAACAACAAAGCCUUUGUUGAGCUGCUUUUCUGGAAGAAUGUCGGUGCUGUGAGAGAGAUGACGGAGGGCUACAGAAAAGAAGGUGAGGAUGCUAAGAAAAAAGUGACAUGGACUCCUGAGGAGGAAGAGGAGCUUCGUCAGUUGUAUGAAGAACACAAGGACUCUGAAGUUCCUGACAUUGUCGAGACGCUGCUCCCUCUUCUAACAAACACUAACCGCACAAGACGUCAGGUCGUGACCCAGAUGGUGUCUAUGGGUUUGGUGGACAGUGUGAAGGACCUAAAGAAAGAGAAGAAAGGCACCCGCAUUGUGCUGUGGACUGAAGAUCAGGAACAGGAGCUACAGAUGCUCUUUGAAGAGUACAAGGACUCUGAUGAUGUCCUUGGAAACAUUCUAAAGCGGUUGACUGCUAAACGCUCAAAGGCACGCGUUGUAGACAAGAUCCUCAGCUUGGGCCUGGUGUCUGAGCGCAGGGAGCUCUACAAGAAACGACGGCGCAAUGCUCCUGGGAAAAGCACCGGAAUGUCUGAGGAGGAUUUUUUUGCCAAUGUGAGUCAAGCACCAGAAGAGGAUGCCAUGGACAGGGACGAAGAAGAGGAUGAUGACUUAGAGGAAGAUGAUUAUGAAGAAGAGAGGGAAGAGGUGGUGAGACCUGUUCAGGGCAAGAAAGGCAGAAGACGAGAAAGCGCUGCAGAAAGGAAUGUCAGUGUUGGAGCCGUGGUUCAGGACUUGAGGCGAGAAGGCUUGUCUGGACCAGUCUUGUGGCUGCAGAAUUGCCUGAACAGAGCAGCAGAUGAUCGUGAAGAAGAUGGUGUCUCUCAUCCUCUGCCACUGGUUCCUCUGACGGAGGACAAUGAGGAUGCCAUGGAGAACAAAAGCUUCCAAAGGCUUCUCCGCAAAAUUGGCAUCCGACCACCAGCAGACGAACAGGAGUCCUUCUGGAGGAUUCCCGCCACAAUGAGCAUAUAUCAGCUACGGACCAUGGCAUCAUCUUUGAACCCACCAGAAGAGAGUGAGGUUGGAGGGGAAGGAGAGAGUGAAACAGGGGUACCAGUGAACCUCGAAGCGGAGCAGCACGAAGAAGGCUCUGAUGGCCAGGAGCUCAGAGCCCAGGCCAUAAGAGCUCUGCUGCUGGCUCGCCAGAGGAAACGCUCAUCCGCAGAUACAAAAAAAGAUCCUUCAGUUGAGGAGGCAAGUUUUGAGAGCGAAGCACAAAGUGCUGGUGCUGGUGUUGGCAGUAAGACCUCAGUGAAGAGGAGUCGCGUGUUGGACAGCGAUGAUGAGAGAGAUGACGACUCUCCUUCCAAAAUAAAUACGGACACAGAGCACGGCGAUGGCUCAGAUGAGGAGGCUCGUUCAGCCCCUGCUAAGCGCAGACGUCAGCGGGUGCUGAGUGACGACGAGGAUGAAGAAGACUAAUGCACUGAAAUAGGAAUUAUUAGGGUGUUCCUACAGGCGACUCCAUUCGGGCCAGGUCUCGUAAGCUCGGGUAGUCAUAUA